GCUCAUGUGUGACCUCAGUUCUGCCAUAUGUUUGCUUUAUUUUCGGUUUGUUGACGCUCUUCUAACAAAUUCAACGUAAAAUGGCUCCGAAAGGGAAGCAAGGAACGAAAGGGCAAAAGCAAAUCAAGCAGGAAAAUGAGUCAACGUUACAAUUUUACAGUUACAUUGCUGGAGGCUCCUAUAUACCAGUUGUUUUAUUUAAAUUUUUGUGGAAUUCAGAAGGAAUGGGAUAUACGGAUUGGGCACUUUUAAUUUUUUCCACCAUCGUAUUAGCAGCAUGCAUAAAAGUCAUGCAGUCAAUGGCAAAAAGCAAUUUAGAUCUGAGUAUGUAUCAAGGUAUGGGCGAACACUUGAAGGAUAUACUCAUUGUCACUGCUGUUUGCCAGAUGUUGGGGUCUUUUUCAAACUAUUUUUGGCUUUUAUGGCUGAUAAUACCAAUUGUUGCUUUCUAUAAGCUUUGGGUUAGCGUUUUGUCACCAUGGUUUUUCCAAGAGGCUGAAGAACCAACUGAAAAACAAAAGAAAAAACUGGAGAGAAAGAUGAUGAGGCGACAAUAAGAUUUAUAUAUCAGAUAUCAUGAGAACUAUUUUAGGCAAUCUCUCUUCUGGUUCCUCAUCAAACUGGUCUCAAAUUAAAGCAUUACCUAAUUAUUGGUUGCUAUCUAUUCCAACUCUAGAAUGAUGUAACAAACAUGUCUGGAACAGUCGUCCAGUUUGAUAUUUGAGAAUUUUUAUGCUUCCACGAAUGAUAUAUAUAUUGAAUAAUUUAUUUGAUGGUGGCUUUUGAAAUGGGAAUCGGGUGACAUGCAAUAGGAUUACAGUUGUUUAUGGGACUGAUGCAAUUAAAUAUUAUAUAUUUAUUGAAUUGAAAAUUAUUGUGCUGCAUCGUCCAAUUGAGGAACAAAUUUUUGCCUCUUUUCUACAUACAAUUACCUUGAGAUGAAAGAUUGAGCAUCUUACAUGAAUACCUUCUGCAUCACCAGUCAAAUUUCCCUUCAUGUGCUUACACAUACAACGAGCACUGUUUUAUUCACCCUUGAUUCAAUUCACCAAUAAACCCGAUGCCUCGGGAUAA